CAACAAAAAUCACUCCGCCAUUAUCAUCAUCUUCAAGCCUAUCAACACUCUUUCUUUCUAUCUCUAAACUCCCUUCACUUUCUCUCUCUACAUAUAUAUAUGAGAUUUUUUCUCAGUUGAAAUUUUAAUGGCGGCGGAGAGUUCAUCAUCAUCAUCGGCCGCGGCGACGGCGGCGACGGGAGGUAGAUCUAGUGGAUCGUCGGCGGAUUCGUAUAUCGGUAGUUUAAUUAGCUUGACUUCGAAAAGUGAGAUCCGUUAUGAAGGAAUUUUGUAUAAUAUCAAUACUGAUGAGUCCAGUAUCGGUCUUCGCAACGUAAGAUCAUUUGGAACAGAGGGAAGAAAGAAGGAUGGCCCUCAAGUACCUCCAAGUGACAAGAUUUACGAGUACAUACUUUUCCGUGGAAGUGAUAUCAAGGAUUUACAAGUCAAGUCUUCACCACCUCCUCAAACGACACUGCCUAUAAACAAUGACCCAGCUAUUAUCCAGUCUCACUAUCCUCGACCACCUACCACAUCGGCAAGUUUACCUGCUGCUGUUGGUGGCUCUUUGACUGAUCUAAGUUCCCAUUCUGCACAGCCUGGACAUCCUGGCUCUACAUUCCAAAGUGGCCUGCCUUUGUAUCAACCUGGAGGUAAUAUAGCACCCUGGGGCCCCUCUCCUCCACCUCCAAAUGCCGGUGCUGGUGGACUUGGUAUGCCAAUGUAUUGGCAAGGUUUUUAUGGUGCACCCAAUGGAGUACCACAAAUGCAGCAACAACCUUUGCUUCGUCCUCCUGGACUUGCCAUGCCUCCUUCCAUGCCACAGAUGCAGUUUUCUGGUUUCAAUUCGUCUUUGUCAACUGGAGGACCAGGCCUACAGGCGUCAAACUAUCCAGAAUACCCUUCUUCAUUGAUGCCAAUAACAACUAGUUUAACCUCUAGUUCUUUACCUACUGCUACUUUGCCAUCAACUGUGCCAUCCCUGCAACCUGUGGUACCUGUGACUGAAACAAUAUCCAGCUCAAUUUCAAAGAAGGCUUCUGUUUCUGCUAUCCCCACUUCAACAUUAAGUUCUAGUUUACCGACUUUGCCUCUGACAACAAGUCCUGAUGUAAAUCCUGUUGCUCCACCGGUAUCUGUUAAACCCAAUCCAGUACCUAGCCCAGCUUUGUCUCAAUCUGUAUCUACUAUUGUGGGUCCAUCCAGUUCUAAUCUAGUGGAGACACCCAUACCAUUGCUGGUAACUCCAGGACAGCUGCUGCAAUCUGGUCCAUUUGAUGUUCCUUCAACUCAAUCUACGCAGACAGCUCAAAAAGAUGUAGAAGUGGUUCAAGUAGUGCCUGCACCAUCUUCAGAACCUCCAGCUCCUGCUAAAACAGAAGCGCAGCCACCAAUACUACCAUUACCACCCCAGACUCGUGUGCAGAAGACAAAUGGAACUCCAUAUCAGCCGCGGUACAUUAACUACAGAGGGCGUGGUGGAAGAGGAAUGGGGUCGAUGAUGAUAGAUUCAAUAACUUAUCAGGGUUCAAGACCAGUAACAAAGUUCGAUGAGGAUUUUGAUUUUAUGGCCAUGAAUGAGAAGUUCAAGAAAGAUGAAGUAUGGGGUCAUCUUGGUAAAAGUAACAGAGAAGGAGAUGGAAAUGGCAGUGAUGAGGAUCUCUCUUACAACGAAUAUGAGGAUGAUCUUCCCAAGAUAGAUAUCCAGCCUGUUUACAACAAGGAUGACUUUUUCGACUCUUUGUCAAGUAGUGCACUUGACCAUGACUCAAAUCAGGGAAGGACCAGGUUCUCUGAGCAAAGGAAGAUAGAUGUUGAGACAUUCGGAGAUUUCUCAAGAUACAGGGGUGGACGAGGUGGUCGGGGUCCUGGACGUGGCGGUGGACGUUCUCGAGGUUCAUAUUAUGGAAGAGGAGGAGGAUAUGGAUAUGGAAACGGAAGUGGAUAUGGUUAUGGUUAUGGCGGUGGUAGGGGCAGAGGCCGUGGUGUGCCCUUCCGUACUUGAGCUAGCAGCAAAUAUCUGCCGCCUCCAGUCAGGGAUAUUGUUAGUACUAAUCCUGUAACAUUUGUGCAUUUUGUCUGCGUUUUCGAAGAAUAAAUUCAGGCUGUAUAAGUAUGUUCAAUUUUCCUUCUUGGGCUUAUAGAGCUCAUUUCGUUUAGCUGCAAAUUUCACAAUCACAAUGGCUGUAGUCAUUGGAUGUAAUUUGCUUGUCGAUCGCAAUGUGAAAAUUUGACAUUUCCUUUUUUCUCUCCA